AUGUUCAUAGUAAAACUCAAAAUGAAGAAGCCUUGUAAAAGAAAGAAGCUUAAUUCGGAUGUCAAUGCGAGUGCAUCUCAGAUUGAACUGAAAACGGCCUCAGCUGACUUUCGUUUCCCUACAACAAAUCAAACUAGACAUUGUCUCAUCCAUUACAUUGAGUUUCAUAGGUACAUUCCUUCAAAGGGUGAAGAAUCUAAUAAAUAUGAGAAAUUUGUCAAAUAUUAUCGAUCUCUUUGCCUUGAUGAAUGGAUUGAGAGAUGGAAUGAGCAGAGGGAGAAUGGUACUUUCUCGGGUCCUCUGUGA